AUGACGCUCAAAACUAAACAAAUGUUGAGAAUCUUCAACCCUAUUGACGAACUGAUAAAAAAACUGGAAGAAUUAUUGAACGACAAUGAAGACAAAUCUGUGGAAAAGGUGUGCUUGAAAAAAUUGAUUUGUGACCAACUUAAUGCACUGGCCCAAAAGUUGGACGCUGCAUCGAAUGACAAUGUUGACAGUUAUCGAGAAAUGAAAAAGAAGAUAACAGCCAUAAUCGAGGAAUUUUGCAUAAUGGACUUCAAGAAAAAGGACAAUCAAUUGGAGGGUCAAAUAGAUGAACAAAUAUUUGGCUCACUAACCGAGAAGUUUCUAAGUUUAUUGGAAAAUUUAGAAAAGUCAGAAACUUUUUCUAUCAAACAAAGCCUUCAAGAUUGUUUACUCUAUAUCAAAGAAAUGGGUUCUGCUUGUGAAAUAGAAGAUUUGCAAAAUAUAAAGGAACUCGGAGCAUCUAUAGCAGAAAUUUUCAAACCUUUACAAAUUUACAAAAGAAAUUUGGCAUCAAAUCUUUUAGCAGAUAAGUUAGCUCUAUUUUGUUGUCAGUUGUGCACAUCGUUUGGUAUGUUGGUGCUUGUUAUAAAAGAGCAACAUCAAUUGAAUGUCCCAAUUUAUACCUGUAAAAAGUAUAUAUGUGAAAGAUUGUGCCUAUGUUUUGAGUCUAUUAUAGGCAUCUUGAAUGCUCCAAAUCCUUCUGAAGAAGAUGAGCAUUUUGAACUGGAAAAUAAUUUUGUUUAUAGAAUUGAUUUAGUUUUAGAUAUUAUAUCAGACCUCUCCAGCAAAGCACAGUCAGAACAAGUUAAUGAUUGUGCUGAUUUAUGGUUUGGUAUUGAAGAUGUAUUUGCUCAUGCAAUGUCGAUAGCACAAGUUUGUCAACCAUAUAGUUUUAAAGCUAUCAGUGGAUCUUGUCAAACUAUCUUAACAGAAUAUGAAAAUUUAAAGAAACAGCUACAGUCAGAUCCUCCCGAUCCUACCAUGAACAAUUUGUUUAUGAAUACUUUGACAGAUUCAUUGUAUCGUUUGGAGCGAAAGAUUAAUAUUUCAGUUCUCACACUAGUGAUGGAAGUCUUUAGUGAUCCUUUUGGCGCUCUAAAGAGAUUGAUUAAAAUUUGCGGCACCUCUUUGCAUGUGAGCGAACGGACGACUAACGAUCUUGAUUCUGCUAUUGAAGAAUUUGAUCAACUAUCGGAUAAGGCUGUACUAAUAGGGAAAUUUGCUAUUGCAUGCUGCAGAGACAAAAACAGGGCUGCAAGAAUUAAGAAUUGUCUGGCAAGUUUUGAAUCGCUUGAAAUGGAAUUGGUUCCAGCUAUUUCUGCUUUUUAUUUGCAUCCUAACAAUAAAGAAAUGCGUGCCUCUGUAAAACUUCUCACAGAACAAUGGCAGUUUGAAAUGAACAGAUUUCAUCAUACUGUUAAUCUAAUCAUUGACCCAGCUGCCUACUGUCAGAUUGUUUUGGAUAAUGUGCAAGAGCAGAUCAAUGAAAUGUCAAACAGUUUGGAUAAUAGACAAGAUAUAACGCAAUUGCAAGUACAACAUGUAGUUCAGAGAGCUUUAUCAUUAUCAAAGCAAAUCAAUGCUACUCUCGAAGAUGUUGGACAGGAAAAUAUUGACAAACAAGCAAUUAUGACGAUUCGCGAAUUUAAAGCUGGAAUUUAUGAAGCUGAUGCAGCUUCUAAAAAGUUUCUCAUAAAUAAAGCUACAGCCCCUGAACAACUUAGAGUUAUCCACCGAUGUGAAAUAAUGCUAAAAGUGAUUAAGAGACUGCUUCCUGUGCUUUCUAAUAUUGUGAAUAAUUCUGUUACUAUGAGUACUGUAAAUACUGCGCAUGAUAGUAAAUCAAAAGCUAAGAAGAGUUUAAUUUGUACAAGUGCAGUUGGUCUCAGUUCUCAGUCAAGUUUUCAGGAACUUUCAAUCGAUAAAAAAUCAUCAAACUACAUUCGAACACCUUAUUCAGUAAAAAGCUGUAAAAAACCACUUUCGAUCCAGCCUGCAAACACUGUUCUUCGAAAUGAGUCAGAUGUAUCCAUUUUAAUUCCAUAUAUUGAGAAAGGUCGGAUGAUGCGUGCAGAAUGGUCAGUGAUGUACAAAACUCCACAAACUUGCAAGUCAGAAAAACCUAUACAAAAUAUGUUAAAAAUGCGGAAUCUUUCAAGUGUUAGACAACAUUUAUUUAGCAGAGACAGCUUUCUAGAUGAAACUGAAAUAGAUCUCACAAGUGAAAGUUUGGACUUAACAAAUAUACUGGAAAACAUUACCGGGCUCUCUGAGACAUUAACUUCGGUAGCAAGCAAUAAAAGUACUUUUGAUAAAAGUAAAAGUACAUCUUCUUCUUCAGAACAAGUGAUACAUAUAUAAUACAGGUAAAUUGAAAAAAUGUAUCAUCAAGUAGUGAUGUGAACAAAUUCUUCACUUAAUUCGGACGUUAAGCUUGUCCGUUAUUGGGUUACUGAAAUUGUUGUUUUAAAAAGCAGUACCUUUGAUAAUUAUGCUUAUCAAUUAUUUUGUGCAAUUUCUACUAUAUAUUUAAAAAAAUUCAAAUUUAAAAGUAGUCUAUGACCAAUGAGUUGGCAAGUAAAAAUAUUUAGUAUUUUGUUAUAUAGUGUUUAAUGUGGACUUGCAUCAGUUUCAGUAUUUCUCGUUACUACUCUAUAUUUAUUUAUUUAAAAGAAGUGCAUAAGGUUGGCUAAAGAAGGUUUAACAUAGUCAUAUUUUUAAUAAAAGUAUAAAUUUAUUACAAGUUAGAGCAUUCACAGUAUAAAUAAUUAUUUACGCAAUAACAAUCGAUAUUGCUAUAAUAUUGUAAAAUAACAUUUCAUAGCCAUACAAUAAAUCAUCUUCUCAUCAUCUUUAA